AUGACUAUUAUAGACUUAACAAAAAGAGACAAGAAUCUCAACACAAAAAUAAGAGCAGAAGCCUUUAGGCCAAGGAAAUGCAAAAGACUAAAAAAUAAUCAAACAAUAUUUAUUAGCAAAAAAAUGAUAAAAAUACAACAAACAAAAAGUGAAACUCUCAUUAUAGAAAAGAAAAGUUUAUUUCUAUUCCUAUUAAAACCCAACACUUCAGAAAUUACCUUACAAGACAGAAUAAUCCUAAAACAAUCAAAUUUAGAACAUACUAGCAGACUCUCUGAAAAUUGGGCAGACAAAUUCGAAGAAGUAUUCAGAACACAACAUAGAACAAAAGCAGAUAGGAGAGAUGAACUCAUAGCUAAAAAUAUAGAGAAUCAGAUCAUCGAUGCCUCAGAUUAA